UAAAAUUCCAUACACCGCCGGGUCCACGAGGUUUGUAAGAUGGCGGCUGAGAAGGGGGACCGUGAAGUGAGGAAACAAAAACGGUCAGAGUCAGCUGUAGACAAUCAAUCAGACAUGAAAUAUGAAGAUGAACCGGAGUUUAGCGAUCCAGAAGAUUAUGUUGAUGAUGUAUCUGAUGAAGAUCUGCUUGGUGAUUUACUGAAGACUAAACCUAAGGACACUGACAGCAUCGACAAUGUGAUCAUUGUUGACAAUAUCCCUGUUGUUGGAAGUGAAAAGUUGACAAAACUUCAGGUUGUCGUAAAAAAGAUAUAUGAAAAGUUUGGAAAGAUUGUCAAUGACUUCUACCCAUUGGGCGAAGACGAAAAGACAAAGGGGUACAUGUUUAUCGAAUACUCCAACCCAAACAGUGCUGCUGAAGCUGUGAAAGCCACAAACGGUUACAAGUUGGAUAAAGCACAUACAUUUGCUGUCAACCUGUUUUCAGAUUAUGAUAAAUAUGAGCAUGUGUCUGAUGAAUGGGAGCCCCCUCAGCCUAAGCCUUACAAGGACCUGGGCAAUCUGAGGUAUUGGCUGCAAGAUCCGGACUGCUAUGAUCACUAUAGUGUGAUCUAUGAGGGUGGAGAGAAGACUGCGAUCUAUCAGAACACUGUGCACCUUGGGGCUGUCAGGGACCCCACUGUUGUGGAGGAGAGAGCUAGAUGGACAGAGACGUAUGUGCGCUGGUCUCCACAGGGAACCUACUUAGCCACCCUGCAUCAGAAAGGUAUAGCACUGUGGGGUGGACCAAAGUUUGACCAGAUUAUGAGGUUCAGCCACCCUGGAGUUCAGCUGAUAGAUUUCUCACCUUGUGAAAGGUUCUUGAUAACGUUCAGCCCCAUGCCUGUGAAGUCCGAAGAGCCUCAGAGCAUUGUGAUCUUCGACAUCCGCACUGGCCAGAGGAAGAGAGGCUUCAACUGCGAGCCACAUGCUCAGUCCACUUGGCCCAUUUUCAAAUGGAGCCAUGACGGGAAGUUCUUUGCCCGACUCUCGACUGACACCCUGAGUGUGUACGAGACAGCUAACUUCCGGCUCAUUGACAAUAAGAGCUUGAAGAUUGAUGGUAUAAGGGAUUUCUCAUGGAGUCCCUCUGAUAACUACCUGGCCUUCUGGGUGCCUGAGCAGAACGACAUCCCCGCACGUGUCACCAUCAUCUCUAUGCCUGCAAGAGUUGAACUCUGCAUCCGUAACCUCUUCAAUGUGGCUGACUGCCGCAUGCACUGGCAGAAGAACGGAGACUUCCUGGGAGUUAAAGUCGACAGGUACUCCAAGGCAAAGAAAAUGGAAGACACUGGACAGCAGAAAUACAGCGGCAUCUACUACAAUUUUGAGCUGUUCAGGAUAAGAGAAAAGCAAAUUCCUGUGGAUAAAGUGGAGUGUAAAGACAAUGUGCUUGCGUUUGCCUGGGAGCCUACUGGCAACAAGUUUGCAUACAUCCAUGGAGAGAGUCCCCGUAUAUCGGUGUCCAUUCAAUGCCUGCGACCCAAUGGCAAAGUGGACUGCCUUAAGGUGUUUGAGCGACGGACGGCCAACCAUUUGUUCUGGAGUCCUACAGGGCAGUUUAUUGUACUUGCCGGACUUAGAAAUAUGAAUGGUGUGCUGGAGUUCAUUGAUACGACGGACAUGACUGUCAUGGCUCAGACUGAGCACUUCAUGGCUACAGAUGUGGAGUGGGAUCCUACAGGCCGAUAUGUCAUUACGGGUGUCAGCUGGUGGGGUCACAAGGUUGACAACGGUUACUGGCUGUGGUCUUUCCAAGGUCGACUCCUGCAUAAGCAGCAGUUGGACAGGUUCUGUCAGAUGCUAUGGAGACCAAGGCCUCCUACUCUCCUCCCUGGGGAGGAAAUCAAGGAAAUCAAGAAGAAUCUGAAGAAGUAUUCCCAGCGAUUCGAGGCCCAGGACAGACUGAGGCAGUCAACUGUGUCCACGGAGAUGCUAGAGAAGCGCCGCCAGCUGAUGAUGGCCUAUGAGAGCUACAGGCAGCAUGCUGAGGGAGAGUUCUUCGCUACCAAGCAGCAGAGGAUUGACCUGCGCAAUGGUGUGGACACUGAUGAGAUGGAGAAUCUUGGAGACGAGGAGUACGAUGAGGAGGUGGUGGAGUUCCUGCUAAAAGUGGAAGAAAUCAUACUCGACGAGGAGUAGACAACUCCUGUAAACGACACAAUCCAGGGGAUAGAACUCCACGUUCAAGAGUUGCCUCCCCUGGUUUAUAUUGAUAGUGCUCUUUGUUGAGAAAUUGGGAAAAAUAAUAAUACAUUUUUGCAAAUAAACUUCCAGCAGCCAUCUUGAAUUUUAGGGAAUAGUGUGAAAUUUGAAUUGCAUUUAAUACUAUAUAUUAAUAAUUGUGUAUAUUAUUUAAGGUUUUGCUUAUUGGGUGUUAGCCAUUUUUGUCAAACAGUGUUUUUCAUUUAAAGUGUUUGCGUGUGAAAGACUCAAAUAUGAUCCAGACUGAAUACUUGUGCUUGAUAUUAGGUUUGAUUGCUUAUGUAGCACCACCAAAAUGCAGAUAUAUUCACCAUUUUUCAGGACUUUUUCCCUUUCCUUUUAGAUUGAAUGUUAGCUCUCUGUUUAUCAGUUUAAUUUAUUCUAGAACUAAAAUAAAAUCUUUCUUGAGAA